AUGGAGUUCUCGAAUCCGUCCGUGAUGUCGUCUUCCGGCGCCAUUCGCGUGUCCCGCUUCACGCUGCUCCUCGCCGCCUGCACAGUCCUCGCAGCUCUCAUCCUCACCGGCAUUUUCGUGCACGAGUUCACGAAAGCCGGGGACGCCGCAGGAGCCAGCAGCAGCAGCGCCGCCGCCGCGGGAGGAGCAGCAUCGGCAGGAACGUCGGGCGCCGCCGCCGCAACGGAAGCCUCUUCCGCCGCAAGACCCCGACGCACGUUGGCCGACGUGCUGCUGCCGAAUCACCUGCGACCGACUGUUUACCGAGUCGAGUUGCAGCCGUUUCUCGAGCCCGGCAAUUUCGUGACGCGUGGCAGCGUGUCGAUUGACUUUGAGUGUUUGCGGGACGCGAAUAACGUGACCGUGCAUGCGAGGAACCUGAGUGUGGUGACGGAGACUGUGCGAGUCGUGGGCGUGGGUGGUGGGCGUGACGCCGGGGUCGCGUUGAAGGUGGUGGGCCAGACGUAUCACCCGGGGUCGGAGUUUUACACGGUGCACUUGGACCCCGGGUCCGGGUCGGGGUUCGCGUUGGUGCGGGGCAGCAACUACACGGUGUCCAUGGACUUUGCCGGGUUCUUGCACGACAACCUCGUGGGCUUCUAUCGCAGCUCGUACACCUACAACAACGAGACCAAGUGA